AUGUCGAAGCGAAAGGAAAGUUUAAUUUGUCUCGAGUAUAACUGUAUUAACACGAUACGUUCAUCAGAUCACAGACCUGUGUUUGCAUUGUUCAGUCUUAUUUUAAAACCUGGAUCUGAUAACAUUGCGUUAGCAGCUGGUGCAUUCAAUCGAGCUAUAUACAUAGCAGGUAAUCAACGUCGAGCUCUACGGCUUGAUAAACUUAAAACUAAAAAAGCUGCUGUUCAUGCUAAAGUCUGCAGUAUUCAAUAAUCGCUUUCACCAAUUCAAGUAUUAUCUUCAGUGUAUAUAUCUAUAUCCUCUAUUGAUUGAAAACGUCUAUUUUACGUCAAACUGAUUAUUCUUCUACUUGCGUGAAUAUUUCUCUUCGAAAUACAUAAAAAUUUAUGAUUCUUUUCCUAUUUGCAUAGACAAAAUUAAAAACCAGUGAC